CAGGUCUUCCGGGAGAAUGGAAACUUCAUCCAGCCAUGUUCCAUCGUCUCCAGUGUCGGUUCGGCGCCCUCUCAGUCGACCUGUUUGCUUCCAGUCACAAUUGCCAGCUUCCAAGGUACUUUGCCCAAUACCUGGACUCAACAGCAGAAGCAGUGGAUGCUCUGACAACACCGUGGCCAGACGGUCUAUUGUACGCCUUUCCUCCCAUACCAUUGUUAGCCAAAACCUUGAGGAAGGCGCGAACCGAAAGGGCACAGCUGGUUCUGAUAGCACCAUUUUGGCCACGCCGUCCGUGGUUCUCAGAUCUUCUGGCAAUGUCAAUGAUGGAUCCUUGGACACUUCCAGUAACGCCAGACCUCUUAUCCCAGGGUCCAGUACUGCACCAGGACCCUACUUGGCUCAAUCUAACAGCGUGGCGUUUGAACGGAGACACUUGAGGUCAGCUGGACUGUCUGACGCUGUGAUUGAUAUUAUUUUGGCCUCGAGAAGACCAUCUACCACUCGCAUUUAUCAACAUACCUGGGUGGCUUUCUCCAAGUGGUGUCAGUCCCACCACCACGAUCCAUCCCAGGCCAAUGUGCACCAGGUGCUCCAAUUUCUCCAUAGUGGCUUUAUGAUGGGACUUCGACCCAACACUCUACGUCGACAUGCGUCUACUCUGUCAUCCAUUCUCUCAGUGUCCUCUCCUGGAGAACAUAUCUCCUCACAUCCGUUCAUCAAACGUUUUUGGAGGGGAGUCGCCCUACGCUCUCCGGCUGUUGUCCAUCGGUUCCCCUCAUGGAGUUUGCCGAAAGUUCUGCAGGCUUUGCAACGCCCUCCGUUUGAACCCAUCAGGACUGUGCCCCUACGUAUACUGUCCUUCAAGGUCCUGUUUCUGAUCGCAAUCACAUCUGCCAGACGCGUUUCGGAGUUGGGCGCAUUGUCUUCUGCUAGACACCUCUGCGUCUUCCAUAAGGACUCUGUUGUGCUGAAGACUGACCCUUCCAUUCGUCCCAAGGUCGAUUCAGUUUUUCAUUGCAACCAGGACAUUGUUUUGCCUUCCUUUUGCCCGAAUCCUACCCAUCCUCUCGAGAAGGCUUGGCAUUCGUUGGAUGUCCGGAGGGCUCUCAAGACCUACCUGUCUAGGACCCAAGAGAUUCGACGAACGGAGUCUCUGUGGAACUAUUUCCCACGGUGAUGGCCCCCUCCUAUGAAAAUCACCUUUCAG